UAAGUUUGUUCGUGUUAUGUAAUUUCGAACUACACAGAGAUUCAUGAAGUGUCAAAUAAAUAAUAUCCAAUUUUAGAUGAUUAUUACUUAGCUAAAUCCGUGCAUUAUUUUUACACUAAUAUCUUAGUGUAAAAAAUUUUUUUGCAACUAUGGAGUGCUCAAAAUAUUACUAUAACAAACCAGAUGGAGAAGAUCUAAUUGGAAAAAUUGUAGCUUCUGCAAGAAUGACUACCACAGUGGGAGCCAUAGUAGGUGUAUUUGAUGCAGUAACAAGAGUUAAAACUAACUCUGCGAUAGUCAAAGUUAUAACUGGACUACGUCCUAUGUUAUAUUCAUGUGGCAUAGGUGUUGUUUUUGCCAGUGUUACAUAUAUGUCCACACGUAUCAGAGAAAAAGAUGAUCCUCUUAAUCAUGCUAUAGGCACAAUUGCCACUGCUCCAUUUUUAAAGUCAUGGCUUAAAAUUCGUAAUGUUGAUAUUGCUCAGUGCAUAUUGUGGGCAGCUGGUAUAAUGGCCAUAAAUAAGGCUCGUAGAGUGGAUGAAUCAGGAUUAGAAACACCAUUUAGUUACCUUUAUAAUGGUAUUCGUUACAGAAAUCCAAAUUGGGAUUAUUGGGACUAUUGGACAGGCGAAACUGAACCAUUAGAUGAUUAUACUAAUUAAAUUAAGUGUUAAUAAAUACAUUUGUUGUAGAACUUAUCAUUAAAAGAAUAUAUACCACUA